AUGGCGCGGAAAAAAGGAAGCAAACCAAUCGACCCUCGGUCGGCGGUGGGUCGGGAUUCGACAAAAAGUGUUGCCGAAAACUUCCUGGCCGUGCUGAACCUGCCCGGACUCCAGUACGUGUUUGAUCGUCGAAAACAUCCGCUCGAAAGGGUUUCCUGGGUUCUCGUUAUCCUGGCGGCGAUCCGGGGCGUCCUGUUGCUGGGCCAGUAUCAGUACGCACGGUACGCGGCCAACCCGACCGCGAUCCAGCUGGACAAAAACUACCGCGAUUGGAUCGGUAUUAUGCCGGGCUUAACGUUCUGCUUCCACGACCGGGUCGACUGGGGGAAGGCGCGGGCAUACCUGGCACGAAAGCAUCCCCAAACGCUGGAAAGCCUCCCCGGGGGCAGCUUCCCGGUAAAUGAUUCCGCCGGGAGUCGUUAUCUUACCGAUUUCGUCCAAACACUCGUCGACGCGACGGCGACCGACUUUGGCAAUCUGUCCCGCUUUCUCGACGACACCCGCCACCUGCCGGCCGAUGCCGUUGACAUUCUGGAGCUAAUCAGCUCGGUCCAUCCGCACCAUGACAUCGCCAUCAACAGCAUCCAGCCGGCGACGACGGUCGGGGCUGGCGAGGAGGUUCCGCCGGUGCACCAGAUUGUCACGGAGCGGGGCAUCUGCUACAGCCUGAAUGCACCCCUGUCCUACCUGCAGCGGACCAACGCGACGGAGCGUCUGCUGCCUUCCAAGAAGGAUUUCUCAAACAAGCAACCCAUAUCCUGCGAAUUCAACAGACACCACUGCUACAUGAAGCUGGACAUGUAUCGGUCAACAGUGUCGUACACCAUCCACUCGCCGUACGAGGUGGCCAGCAUUGAUCAGCUGUUCACCAACGUGGAGGAAUCGGACGAGCUUGUUGCCGUGUACAGCGUGCUGGAGAUGGUAGCCAACGAGCGCCUCAAGGAUCUGACGGUGAAGCAACGUAAUUGUUUCUUUUACGAUGAAACGUACGAACAGUUACCGUUCUACAGCCACAACCUGUGUGUCAUGAGCUGCCGGGCGAAACGUGCGCUCGCCUUGUGUCGCUGCCGGCCCCACUUCUAUCCGUUCGCCGAGGGUCCGCAGUGUACGGUGAAAGGACUACACUGCCUGCAGCACCGGCAUCCCGAGUGGAACAGCGAUGUGGGCUGCAAGUGUCUGAAAUCCUGCACCGACGUGAGCUUCUACGUUUCGUCGCUCAGCAAAACGCAGUGGACGAGUGAAGGAGGCAUUCCAUUUACCCACAAGGCUUCGCUACGCUGGGAGAUCCUGCAACCCCGAACGCGGCUGCGACGGGUGUUAAUAUUCAGCUACGAAGACUUGCUCGUGUCAUUCGGUGGUGCCGUGGCGUUAUUUAUUGGUAAAAACGGAUUCUACGUUUCCAAGAUUGUGGAAUUUCUAACGAUCGAGUUGGCUGGUUGGAUACGACUUAAAUUGCAUGCUCUCCAGGAAAGGAAACGAUUUUCCUUUAGACUCAAACGCUAUUAA